UAUGGGAAACACUGAUUUAAAACCUUAAAUUGUUCAUUCUAAUCAAUGGGUAAUGGUUAAACAACUCAAUCAUCCUUUAUAUGGGCCAAUAAAAGUAUUUAAGAAUUGUUAAGAGAAAUAUUAAUGUUUACGGACAUUCACUGUUUAGGAAGAUGAAGCAAAUAAAAUUUGUUAGGAAUUUUAAAAUUUGAACCAAGAAUAAGUAUUAAAUAUCAUUAUUUUAAUAGUAUAAUUUAGUAAGAAUAAAUAAAAUUGAAAAUGAGGUUGAAUCAUAAUUAUGUUCGACAUUUCACAAAAUUCAUUUAACAUUAGAUUAUACAGAAAAAUAAUUGAAAAAUAUAUAUCAAAUAAAUGUACAACAAUUUAGUGUUAACAUUCUAAAAACAUUAAGAUAUUUAGAUUCUCGUAAAAUAGACACAUGCUAAUUUUGUCUAUCUAAAUUAUUAAUUUUUGGAGAUUAAGUGAGAAUUGUGGAAUAAUAAAUGCUAACUUAAUAAAGUGAUUAUUAACGUAUACUAUCUGGAGAUUUGAAAUGUGAAGAUUGGUAUUUUGCACCAGAAGUAAUGAAAUGUUUAAGAAUGAAUGAUUCAAAAACAUUCAAUAAUGAAAAAGCAACAAUAUUUAAUUUUGGAUUAAUUAUGAUAGCAAUAUUCACUGAAACUACUCCAUAUGAAGCACAAAUUUAUAAUUAUGAGAAAUGUUGUUUGACUGAAAAAUUCGAUAAAUAUCUAUAAUUGUUAACACAAUUUAAUUUAAAUAGUAAAUAUCAUAUAUAUUUUUGAUUAGAGAAAUUGGAAAAAUUAAUUUUAGCUUGUGUUAGUUUUACUCCUGAUAAAAGACCUACUUAUUAAUAAUUAUUAGAUGAAUUCAGCAAUCCUUCAAUAUUUGAAUAAUAAGUUGAAGAUUAAUCACCAUCUCCAUAAAAAGCUGAUUCUACUUAUUCAGUUCCCACAAAUCAAUUAGUUUCUUUUAAUCCAACAGUAAUGGAUGAAAGAGUACUAUCUGAUACAACUAAUUAAAAAUUAAAUGAUAAUUAAAAUAAAAUAUUAAUGAAAAAGAUUGAUCAAGAAAAACAUCAAAAUACACCUAUUUGUUAAUCACCUAAAUUUAGAUAAGAAAGUAUGCUAACAUAAACAACUAUUGGAAAUUUGAGAUCUACUAAAUUGUAUGAUUUGGAAACUUUACAAAAAUAAUAGAAAACUAAAUAAAAUUAAAGCAAAUCUUAAUAAUAAAAAAAAAAUUAUUAUAAGAAAUUUUGA